UCAAAGUCAUUUAGUAAUAGUCCGUAGAAAGUAGACAUUGUUUUUGUGGCAAAAAUGUUGAUUAAGUGGACCUCUUGUUUGUUCUUCAUUUCCAUAAUAACUGGUUUGACGGGAGAGAAGGAUCGAUUAGAUAACCAUAGACUGUAUGCUGUUCAAAUCGACACAUUGGAACAGCUUCAGUUGCUCCGAAAUCUUGAGGAUAAUUCAGAUGGCUAUCUUUUGUGGAAUUACCCUGUCUUAGGUGACACUGUAGACAUUAUGGUCGCACCACAUAAGCUGGAAGAAUUUAGUGAAUUGACGAAGCUUCAUGACUUUCAAGCUCGAUUAAAAAUGAAAAAUGUUCAAAGUAUAAUUGAUGCCGAGUCGCCUGCAGUACGACCGAAAGACUUCGGAUGGACAACAUACUUUAAUUACACUGAAAUAUACAACUGGCUUGACGAGUUAUUGGAAACAUAUCCAGAUAUUUUAACCGCGCACACAGUUGGUACGACAUAUCAGGGAAGAGAAAUUCGGGCCGUGAAAUUGGCACAUAACGAGGAUAAUCCAACAAUUUUCAUUGAAGCAAAUAUACAUGCUCGCGAAUGGAUAACGUCGGCAACGGCCACUUGUUUUUUAAAUCAACUACUGACAUCCACCGAUCCUGAAAUUGUUUCUCUUGCACAGAAUAUCAACUGGUAUAUUGUUCCUGUAUUUAAUGUUGAUGGGUUCCACUAUACUCACACAACGAACCGAAUGUGGCGGAAGACUCGACAACCCCACGCACAUUUGUGUUAUGGAACGGAUGCCAAUCGAAAUUUCAAUUUUCACUGGAUGGAGGGUGGAGCGUCCCAGAACCCAUGUUCCGAAACUUAUGCUGGUCCAACGGCAUUUUCCGAACCGGAAACUGUAGCAUUGUCCAACUUUGUCGAAUCUGUUGCAGACGAAAUCGACAUUUAUUUAGCGUUUCAUUCUUAUGGUCACUAUAUCCUUUACCCUUACGGACAUACCAUUGAACCAGCGGCCAACGUUGAACAAUUGGAUGAAAUUGGUCUGAGAGCGGCUGAGGGAUUUGCCUUGAGAUAUAACACCACUUACCGGGUUGGCUCUUUCGGAGAAGCUUUGUACAUUGGUUCAGGUACGAGUGUCGAUUACAUGUAUGCAGCGCAUGGCAUUCCUCUGAGCUAUACCUUUGAGUUCCGUGAUCAGGGAAGAUAUGGUUUCAUAUUGCCACCCGAUCAGAUUAUACCGAACUGUGAGGAAACGACAGACGCUAUUAUAGCCGUGGUCGCAGCCGCUCGUGAACUUAAUCAAUUUUGAAUAAAAAAUUGUUUUCAUUCAAAAUAA